AUGUCAUUCGAUUUUAACGAGACGCCGAUACUGCUUUCACAAGAAGAAUAUGAUACGGGAGGUGGUGGAUCUUCAGAUAAAUUUGAGAAUAGUGGUACUAUUAGAGCGAUCGCUGGUUUCUUUGCUAUUACGGCUACUUUUCUGUCAAUUAUUUCUGUAUGGUCUCACCUCAAACAUUACAAAAAGCCGUUAUUACAGCGAUAUGUAGUGCGAAUUAUAUUAAUGGUGCCAAUUUACGCUAUUUCUUCUUGGAUUAGCUUGACCUCAACAAAUGCUGCUUUUUAUGUUGACUGCAUAAGGGAUAUGUAUGAAGCAUUUGUGAUCUAUUGCUUUUUUAAUAUUUUAGUAAAUUACAUUGGCGGAGAAAGAGCUCUCCUGACCUUACUUCAUGGUCGCCCACCAACUUCACAUCUUUUUCCUGUCAAUAUAUUUGUCAAAGAAAUGGAUGUUGGUGAUCCUUACACGUUCCUCUUUUUGAAACGUGGUAUUCUUCAAUAUGUAUAUUUAAAACCGGUGUUAGCUGCUAUUACUAUGAUUCUAAAGUGGUCAAAUGCGUAUGAGGAAGGCCGUAUUGAACUUGCCAAUGCCGAAGCGAAUUCAGCGCAGAACAUAUCAGUUUCAAUUCAAGAUUUUCUAAUAACUUUUGAAAUGUUGCUUGCUGCAGUCGCACAUUGGUACGCCUUUUCAUACAAGGACUAUAUCGACCCUAGUCUCCGAUCAGGCCGUAUGCCCAUUAAAUAUGCUUUCAAAGAUUGUAUGGGAUUCAGGGAUCUAAUAGAGGAUACAUUAGAAACGAUCGGAGGUUCUCGAUUUAACUAUAGAACUUUUGAACCAGCUGAAGGCAUGGCAUAUAUUGGCCCGAGCAGAACAGCAAGGAUAAUGGCCGGCUUACGAUUUACUGGUGGCGGCGCUGGUAAAUAUUGGCUUCCUGGCCCAAAUUCUCGUACACCUUUGCUUUCUGGGCAAACAGAUGAUGAUAGGGACAGUUUAAUUUUUCAUGAUCCUGAUCCGAAUGAUGAAGUGGAAUAUAUGUAUUCCUAUAGUCGGAAAUUGGGUGAACAUGGGGACUACAACUACCCCGUAAUUGAUUCUGACCGAUAUAAGUACCAGAGGCCACCACCUCCAAAACCACAAAGAAAAAGAACUAUGUCCAAAAGAAGAUCAAAAUUAAAAGGAAAGGGAAUAGCCAAAAAUUUGUACUUUGAAAUUGGAGAUGAUGAUGAGAAUGCUGAAUCUGAAAGUAAAGAACAUUCCAGCAGUUCUAGUAUUCUACCACUCCGAGAUGGCUGUGUGGAUCUUAUUAGAGAAGAUGGAAAUGGAAAAAGGCUAGAAAUCUAUACUGACCCUAUUGAAACUUCGUCUCAUGGUCCACCUUUAUCAUCGUUAAUACAAUCAUACGAGUCUAUAUUGUCAAGAGAUCCGUUUAUUCAAGAACCGAUAGCACCUAUAGAUGUGCCUCACCCAUUGCCAAUAAGUGCAGUUCAUCCAGUUCAUCCACUAGAGAUGCAAAAUGCUUGGCUAAGUUCGACCGACGGUUCGCCGUAA